AUAUCUACUCACAAUGAGUAAGAUACUAUUCGAUUGUACUGAAUAAUAUCACAGCUCUAUCAUUUCUAUGGGAGUUGAUGGUCAUUGUUUCAAAGGUGAUUUUGGCUUUUGAAAGAUGUAGGUUUGACAUUCACUGCAACUUUAUUUUCAACACCAUGAAAAAGAAGACCAUGAAGUAUUUGAUGAAAAUCUACCAGAGAUAUAUUGCAAAAUCAUCUACAUCAUGUAUGUUAUUGUGUUAAUUAUUUAACCUUGAGAUACUAAAAGAUGCAUCUAUUGCAGAGCGCAUCAAUGAAAUCUAUAAAUUCUCAAAUCAAUUGUGUUCGAGAGACAUCACUUUUGAUGUUGAAAUUUAAAUGUUAAUCAUGUUAUAUCGAGGCUACAAUUGUAAUUAGUAUAAUUGUGCAAGUAGUUUCAAUGAAUCUACUAAAUGAAAGUAUAUUUUAUCAGAUAUAUCAGGUAAAUAUUUUUCAAAAAACAUUUUUAGAGUAAUCUACUAAGAUUUUAUUUUUUAAAAAAAUUAUUUUAGGGGCAAAACAUGGAUGAAGUUUUAUGCUAAAAUUUUAUGAAAACUUUCAUAGGUUGGUCUAGAUAUUGUAUCCAUUCAAGCAUGUGUUGGUGUAAAUAGGCACGAAGCUUGUUUUAGGUGUCUAGCUUGUUUUGACACAAUUUUAUGUGCUUACCUUGGACAUGGAAUUGACAUCGGCAAAAUGGGCUUAUUUUAGGUGUUUUAAAGGUGCUGUUUAACUUAGGGUUGGUGGUGUUCUAGGUGCCACUCUUAGAUUUUCUAUGUUACCUUCCAUAAAGUAAUAGAAGACUAGAUUGGCAUUUUUGGGGCUUAAGGUGCCAGUCCUAGAUUUUCUAUGUUACCCUCCCUAUUGUCAUUUUUUAUGGAGGGUAACAUAGAAAAUCUAGUAGAGGCACCUAGUAUAGUCUUGCCUUUUUAGGGUGAUUAAAGGGGUAUAUUUUUGCCUCCAAAUAUAAGGGAAGAUCCAGACUCACCCUUGAUCGAAGGAUGAAGCUAGCCCGAGUAGACUUGAAAAUCUCUUGCUCUGCGUAUCCUUCCCGUUGGGGGUCAUAGAAAGAUACGAACUGCCUACUUGCCCAAGCUAGCUAAAACUCAUCUGCAAUCCCUCGCUACUUCUCUUACCUACUUUGACUCAUAUCUUCGGUAUACUUCAAUACUACACAGGAAAGAGCUUGGCCAGUCGCGAGAUUAUGGUUAGGUCACCUAGAGCGAGCUUGCAGGGGAAAUGUUGGAUAUUUGAGAUGUUGGAUUAUCUAAUUCAAGACAUUGAAUUGUUUGAUUUGGGACGGGAGGAAGGAAAGAUGAUUUCAUCCAAUUUGAGACGGACAUAAAAAGGAUUAAAAAUGUAUCCGUGGAAGCCCUUUAAUUUUACACCAAGUGAGGGAAAAUGUCUCAUUUCUUGUGCAACCCAUCCUUUUCUUCAUCUGUCCUUUGGGGUAGCCAGAGCAUUACUUACCAUAUAUCAGGAUAAGAUGAAGGUGAGCUAUGGUUGGCUUGGUUUGGCCAUAUCACUUGGACCUAUUUCAUUGGGAUAUGAGUUUAAUGUUAAGAUCUUAUCUUUAUCUUGUGUGUGUUUUUCUAUGUCCAAUAAAUCUUUUUAGGCAUAUACUCAUCUUCAAUGCAUUGUCCUUCAAGACUCUAUUACCUACACUUAAACGCAACUGCGAUGCUACUAUGAACAUAGAAAUUAUUAGUACAUCACGAUCAAUCACAACUAAGAUAGAGCGCAUAGAUGUAUACUUUUUCUACCACUCUAAUAUGUUUAAGUCUUUAUUAUUUUGUUUUCAGUCUUCUUAAUUUUCUAAACUUUUAAAAUAACUUAUGAGAAACUAAGCUUGUUGCCUCAUGGAGUUUAAUGUUUUAGACUCCAUUUGGUUAACUUGAACGAACACUAGCACAAUUAAAACUCUAUGAAAUAUAAACAUUAUACCUCGAUUUUAAUGAGAAGAUAAUACUGAAGGUUGUAAUGUUGGUCGAGGAUCAUAUUUGCAGAAAAUUAAAUAUGUUUUGUUUAAUCUUUUUUAAAAUGUGCAUAGGUUUAUUGGAAGUUUCUUAAUUUUUAAUUUUCAUAAUAUUCACUUUUAAUAUUACAAUAUCUUACAUAAUCCUAGGAUCUUAAAACAUGGCUAUACAAAUAAUAUCUGGAUAUUAGAAUAAUAUUUUUUUUUUAAUUUUCUUUUAUAACUUUAAUAAUCUUGUGAAAUCGAUUAUAAUAUCUAUAACUUUUAAACAAAUAACUUAUCAUCCAUGAUGAAUGAUGCAUUUGGUACGAGGUUGGGUUAUAUGCCGACCAAAAAUCAUUUCUGCAAGAAAAAAGAAAUUCUAAAGUGGAUACGUGCAAUUUCAUAUAAUCAUUCAUUAGUGUCUGUUGGUUAGCACUAAACCUGUUGGCUUUAAAUAUUGCCAAUUGAUCAAGAUGUAUCAAACGCAAUGAAUGUGGAAAAAAAUCUACAUGCUACCAUAAAUAUCUCUUUUAAACUAACUACUAUAGAAUCCUUAUUUAAUGUAUUAUCAAAUAUAAUCAUUUUUUGUAUUUAUGUCAUACAAGUGAACAGCAUUAGUAAAAUGUGUAGAAAUAAUAUGACAAGUAUGAAAAGUCAAAAUUUUUACUACUAAUUAUUCAUUUUUGGAUAUAGACUAAUUGUAGUCUAUUCAUUGUGUAGUGCAACAUAUGUAUAACUGUGUUAUGACUAUUAUAAAUAUUAGAAACUAGUGUUGUUCUAUAUUUAUGAGAUGUAACAAUAUUAAUUGAAUUUUGUUGUGCCUUUGGAACAUUUUUAUUGUGUCAGAAUGUAUUGUGUUGUUAGAUACUUUCCUAAAAUGAGAUUGGAGAUAUGUUCUCAUAAAUAUUCGGAGACACGUGACUCAGAUUUUAUAAUAAAUUUUUAAGGACCUUUUCUUGCUUCCUUAUUUUAAAAAAUAAAGUUAGUUUGCCACUGUUAAGGGAUAGUGUUACUUGUGCAACAGUUAUCUUAAUGUCAUGAGACAUAUGUGGUUGAGUUUUAAGGCGACUAGUUCUGUUGGAAGAUUUGCAAGUAAGCAUUUUUUUGCAAUUCUUGCUUUGAGCCCUUUAUGAUGGUAAUCUUUCACUGGACUCUUUCUAUUGGUGCAAUCAUGCUGCAAGUGGUUUGAUCAAGUUGUUUUAAUGGGUUUGAUAUUAGGUUCAAGUUAGAUUUAUCUUAUUUUUCUAAUUUGUGCAUCAAGUGCACGAAAGCUUAACAUAAUGACAUAUGAACUUAGAGCUUGGUUGUCUGCACAUGCAUGCUGGAAAUCUAGUGAUUGUGAAGUCGAAUUAAAAGAAUGUUGGACUAAGAGGUUGAGGUCAAUUAGGAGCUUGAUGGAGAAGGAAAGGUUGUGACUGAAAGGGUGAGAUAGAUUCUUGUACUAAGAGGUAGAGGUUGACUAAGAGUUUGGCAAGUUGCUCAUGGAGCAUGAAAGUCUGUGACUCAACAGGCAAAGCGAAGGUGAUGUAGUGAAAGCUUACAAGACGGUGCAUUUGAGGGUUUGAAGGUAUGAUGUAAUGAACUUGAGUGUGGGAAACAUCAAUAGAUAUAAAAAGUUAAAGAUACAUGUGUUGUGAGAGAUUACAAGGGAAUAUAAUUUUGGAUUGUAUCUCUAAGUAGGGUCUACCUAGUGGUUUGUAUGAUGAAGGAAUAAGUUUUAAGUUAUAGUCAAUGUUUCAAUUUUAUCUUGAAUUAAGUUGGGAUGUUUGAGUAGACUUAAUCGACUGUAGUGUUGUGAUGACUAAUCUAGCUCCUGUUUACUAGAGGAAGCCAUUGAGUUGACUAGGUCCAUUGGGCUGGGUCAUAGGCACCCCACCCCUUUACACCACUAAGUUUGUACUAUACCCUGUUUGGGCUUAUGUUUUGCUAGGGAUGACCAUGUCCAAGAAUGUUUUCUGAUUAACACAUGAGCAAGGAACUCACCUACAUUCUAGGCUUGUCCUAGCACAACCUAUUUAGGUCUAGGAAUAAUCUAAACAUUUAAGAGUAAAUAAUUGGAGUUAACAAUAACUAAGGGUAAUUAAGGUAUAAUGGUUAAUUUCUAAGACCAUAUUUAAUAUUUUUGAGGUGGAUUAAUACUGAUCAGAAGCUAAUUAUAAGUUAAGUGGAGGUUUGACUCAAAUUUGGGAUGGGUUGACCUUUUUUAAUGAUGAACCAUUGAUGGUAAUUAGGGCUUAAUUGGAGUAAAUUUGGUUUUAAUGAGUUGAUCAAGUAGGCCUUGUGGUUAGAAGUUAGUGAAUUCAAAUUGGGCUCGAUUUGGAUUAAUUUUGCCCAAUUUAGGGCUUAACCAAAAUUAUAUUGGAUGGAAAUUGGUUCAGUCGGGUUAUACUAAAUUUCAUAGAGUUUGGUAGAAGCCAGAUCACCAUGGGAACAACCACCAUGAAUGGCAGUGCUUCUCUCUCCCUCUUCUGACAGUCUCUCUUUCCUGAUCUCUUCAUGCCCUCCUUUCCCUUCAUGCAGUGGUUCUUCCAGAUUGCUACCAUGAGUGAAAUCCUACUGGCGCAUGGCUUCCUAUGCUGGCAUCGGGUUAAUGAAAACAAACUCCUUCCUCCUGAGUUCUUUCAUCUUGAGCCUAGAUCUAGAACAGAUCCACUCAGACCACCUUUGAUUCAUUUUCUGAGUUCCUGUGAUUGGGUAAAUGCCUUUGCCAAUCUCUUUAUGAGUUUGAUUUCUUGUUUCUUACAGAUUUGGUACCUAUUUUCUUCCUAAAUUUGUUUAUAGAUGUAGCUAUUGCUGUAGUCUUUUUAGCCUAAUUUGAUUUUUUGGUUCUGACCAUUUCUAACUUAAUUUGGUCAAGGAUCAUUUCCUGAUGAUUGCUCCUAUUGCUGGAGACUGGCAUUUGUCUUUUUUUUAGCAGUGAUUCUCUUCUUUCGCAAAUUCGAAUCUAUUUUGGGCGUGGAAAUUUUGGCUGCUUUCUUCAAUCCAAGAUUACGAGUGGCUUCCAUUGUAGUCAUCUUUCCUGUGGGGGUAUCUCUUGUCACCCAUAGCUGGAGGAGCUCUUGUAGACUAUUAUGGUGGCAAACUAGUAAUGGCAUGGGGUGUGGCUCUAUGGUCUUUGGCUACUCUUCUUACACCUUGGGCUGCAGAGACUUCUUUAUGGUCACUGCUUACCAUGAGAACUCUUCUAGGAAUUGCUGAAGGAGUGGCAUUGCCAAGCAUGAAUAACAUGCUUUCAAGGUGGUUCCCGCAAUCUGAACGAUCUAGGGCAGUGGGAAUUGCGAUGGCUGGUUUUCAACUUGGCAAUGCAGUUGGACUGUUGGUUUCCCCGGUCAUUAUGUCACAAACUGGUACUUUUGGACCUUUUAUAAUAUUUGGGCUAUUUGGAUUUCUCUGGGUGUUGAUGUGGGUAUCUGCAACAUCAAGUACGCCUGAGAAACAUUCCCAAAUAUCCAAAAUGGAGCUAGACUACAUUAAAAAUGGCAAGAAAGAACCAAUUUCAGGAACUAAGGAAUUCACAAAGGCAAGAAUUAUCCCUCCUUUCAGAAAACUAUUAUCAAAGUCUCCUACAUGGGCUUUGAUCUCUGCAAAUGCCAUGCAUAGCUGGGGGUAUUUUGUUAUACUUUCAUGGAUGCCAAUUUACUUCAACACGGUAUAUCAUGUUGAUCUACGACAAGCUGCAUGGUUCAGUGCACUUCCAUGGGUAAUGAUGGCUAUUUUAGGCUAUUUUGCUGGGGCUUUGUCAGAUUUGCUGAUUCAGAAUGGUUUUAGCAUUACCUUUACCAGAAAAAUUAUGCAGUCAAUUGGCUUUUUGGGUCCUGGGUUGUCUCUUCUGGGCUUGAAUGCAACUAAAAAUCCUUCAGUAGCUUCUUUUUGGCUUACAGUAGCCGUCGGCUUGAAUUCUUUUGGCCAUGCUGGUUUUUUGGUGAACUUCCAGGAGAUAGCCCCACAAUAUGCAGGUGUGCUGCAUGGAAUAUCAAAUACUGCUGGAACUUUGGCUGCAAUAACAGGAACUGUUGGAGCUGGUUUCUUUGUUGAGAGGAUGGGUUCUUUUAAGGGCUUCCUCAUUUUGACAUCAUUCCUUUAUUUCAUCAGCACGCUUCUCUGGAACCUCUUUGCAACUGGGGAGCAAAUCAGCAUAUGAUCGCUACUUUGAAUCUUGUCUAGGUGAUGCAUGGCAGCCAUUGCAAUCAACAAAGAAGCUUUGGGCUCCUCUAUCAUGUACAUAUAAUUGUAAAAUAAAGCUCAGUUCUUCUAUGUUAUGUACAAUUCAUUGACAUCCGCUACCAUUGCUCACUAUUACUGAUGUGGAUAAUUUUUUUUAUCAGUUUAGGAUGGAUAUAAGUGUAUUGAGAUUGUAGAAUCAUCAAGGAGGAAAUAGAAAAUAGGCUGCUGUUUUUUUUCUCA